UCUCUAAUAUUCAGACAUAAAACAAAACAAAGUCGCUCUCUGUGUACACAAACUUAAAGCUAAAAAGCUAAAAAAAAAGCAAAAUCUGAAAUUCGCGGUUGCUUCAAGUUCAUUGCGUGCAGCAGAAUCAAAUGGCGAGAGUUAAACAAACACCACGUCACGCCCGUGAGAAUCAGGAAAGGAAGAAAAGACGUAAUAAACCUGGAACCGUAGCGCUUCGUGAGAUCAAGAAAUUGCAAAAAACUUUCCAAUUACUUAUACCAUAUGCUCCGUUUGUAAGAUGCGUCAGGGAAAUUACAAAUCAAGUAUCUUCAUUGGUUACACGCUGGACGCCUGAAGCGUUGCUAUCACUUCAAGAGGCAGCUGAGGAUUGUCUAGUUCGAAUGUUUGAAGCUGGAUGGCUCUGUACACUUCAUGCAAAGCGUGUUACCCUUAUGAAAAAGGAUAUUGAGUUAACGCGCAGGCUUACCGGGAUAGGAAGACCUUGGUGAGAGCAUGGCACGACGCUAAUAGUGAAAAAUCAUUGUUGCUGCGCAUUCUGCGAAGAAGCCAUUGUUUGUAAAGCCCAAUUUAAAAUUAGAUACUAUGUUAACUAGUUUAUUGUCAAUAGUAAUAUGUUGUAGGUGAAAAAUCUGUUGUAGCCAAAUGGUUUACUACUACUUAGUAUUAGAUCUUGAAAGAUGAAGAUUGUUUAAGCUUUGUGAACUCUUAGGUGAUUUAUACUCUUAAGUAUCUAUCUGGAAAGUAAAAUUCUUGGAACGAAUUCUUGUCA